AUGGCAAUAAAGCACGUCGAAGCAAAAGCAACACAUCUCCGCCGAAACGACCAUUUUCCUGGCUCCGGAGCCGGGGCUGAGAGUCGGGGAGAGGCCGGUGGAGUUGUAGCCUCCUGGAGCUGGGGACAGAGCAUUGGUGUUGUUGCUGCUGCUGCUGCUGCUACUACUGCUACCCCCCGGACCCCCGAGGCCGUUCACCCGAUUCACGUUCCCGGCCACAACAGUCGACGACGACCCGAUCCCCAAUUCCGAUCCACAAUGUCCGGUCCCGGCUACUCCGCUGCCCGCCCCGCCGGGACCCCCAGCCCCGGGGGACCCCGACAACUUCUGCUUCUUCACCCCGCAGCACCCGGCCGCCAUCUUCGAACAAUCUGCACCGACACACCGCUUCCGACCCAUCACCGUCACCGCGGGAAGGGCGGGCCGAAACGCAGACCACACAUUGAUCAAUUGUUUGUCUACAAAGAACCUCAUCCGGAUGAAUGUUUUGACGAAGUCUGCUGUGGAAUAAAGCCUGACAACAGAUAUAAGGUGAAGGAUGACGUCGGGAACGUUCUUUUUAGUAUUCUCGAGGACAGUGAUUAUUGUAGCAGGCAUUUCUAUCAAGGACGUUCCUUCAUAAUGAAUGUUAUUAAUGAAUCUAAUAAAGAGGUCAUCAGACUGGUGCACCCAUUUGUUUGCAGCAGCUGCAAUCAUGAGCUGGAGGUUCAGUCUCCACCAGGCUUUGCCAUCGGACAUGUUCGACAAAACUGGCAUAUUUGCCUGCCUAAAUUCACAGUUGAGAAUAAACGAGGUGAACCAGCCGUUAAGAUUGCGGGACCAUUUUUACCUCUUACCUGCUGCAUGGAUCAGAACUUUGAGCUGGUGUCUUUGAACGGGGCAGCGACAGACGGACCAUUUGGCAAGAUCUUCAAACCUUUCUCAUGCAGUGUACUAAAUACAGGUGCAGAUUUUGUGCUGAGGUUUCCAAACAACCUGGAUGUCAAAAUGAAAGCUACACUGUUGGGGGCCUGCAUACUUAUUGACUUCAUGUAUUAUGAUAAGCCAAAACAACCGUUACUACGUCUACUAAAGUAUUUAUCUCCUGUGACUGUUUACACUCUGUUUACACUCAAGUAAACACACAUGAAGAAGAUAACAAGGUAACGCAUCAUUUUCCAUUUUGGAUACGCCAACUUCAGAAAGAAGACUGAAGGAAGACAAAUGUCUACAGACUGCUUGCCACAUUAU